AUGGAGCCGGAGCGGCCGCGCGAGAAGGUGCCGAUCCCUGGCACAGACGGCUGGCUACGUGUGACGACGUCGCAUGAUAACGUGUUUUACGCACAAAAAAGGACCAAGCGAUCUUCAUGGACAAUUCCGGAUGAGAUUCGUGAGCAGGUCGUAGCGUUUGAGCGGUCGCUGGGUAUUGAGCCAGACGCCGAGGAAUCGGAACCAGAGGAGCCCGAGGAGCCCGAGGAGCCCGAGGAGCCCGAGGAGCUUGAGGAGCUUGAAGAGUCCGAGGAUCCAGAAGAGCGCCAGGUGGACGAGGAGCCACCUGCCAAGCGGGCCCGCGCUGAGGAGGCCGGCCCUGGCUCAGACGCUGCCCCACCAGCGCUCUCCUUCGAAGAGGGCAAGGCCCAGUAUAUGGCGAUGCUCACCUCGCUGAAUGGGACGCCGAACGAGGUCAAUCCGAUGGCGCCCUGGGACCGUGAGCUGCCCAAGUUUGUGCGGGAGCCUGCGUAUCUUGCGCUGCCGACGCUGCAGGACCGCGAAGACGUGUUUAAUGAGUGGUGCAAGUACCGGCUGCGUGAAAAGCGUGCGAUGGCGCAGUCCGCCUCGACGGAGGACGCUUUCCAGCAGCUCUUGCGCAAGCAGGUGGCGUCCACGCGCACGACCUUUGCGGCAUUCCACGACGCAUUCAAGAACGAUCCUCGCUACGCGCAAUUCGUGCAGUCCUCGUCGCGUGCGCGUGCAGAGCACCUCUUCGAGCUUUGGCUUGCGGAGCUCAGCGAGAAGAAGCGGCAGCGUGUACACGAAGCUGAGCAGGCCUUCCUUGCGCUCUUGCGAGCGACGCUCUCCCCGCGCGACGUGCUGCGCGACGCUGGCGCCGCGCUCCCUCUCGACAAGGAGACGGCAACGCAAGUGUGGGCCUCGGCGAAGAAAGCGCCAGGCCUCUCUUCCGAUCCGCGGUACGAGGCGGCUGGCGGCGCGACGCGCCGCUUUGAACUCUUUGUCCAGUGGCUUCAAGGUGCUGGGCCGUCGGCGCCGCCGCCGAAACGGUCCGCCGAGGAGCGCCGCGCUCAUGCCCUGCAGCAGCGUGCAGCACAGGUGCGGCAGGCGCACAGUCGCCAUGCCCACCAGGCGCGCGCCGCGCAGAGCGAGGCGCUGGCCGAGCAGCAGGUACAGGCGUAUGAGCAGCAUCUCGUCGACACGGUGCGUGAUCCGUGGCUGCCGUGGGAAGACGCACAGGCGCUUCGCUCCGACGUCGCGCUGGACGCGGCGACGAGGCGGGCGCUCUUCGACGAACACAUGGCGCGUCUGCGCUCGAAGCGGCGUGGCCAGCUUGCCAAGCUCUUUGAGAAGCAUGCUCAGGAUGCGCGGGGUGUGCCGCUCCUGGAUCGCGGGGCCGACGAUAUCCUGCCGCUGGUACGUGGCGACGAGGCGUUCCAGAACUCGGCGCUGCCCCGGUUCGUGGGCGAGGGCGCGAGCGUGCACCGCGUGCCGAUCCAUGUAUCGCUCGAGGCCGAGUUCCAUGCGUGGGAUACGUGGCGCCAGGCGCAGGCGCGCGAGGCGUUCCAGCAGAUGCUCGACGAGAAUGCGUUUGUCGAUUUCUGGGGCCGCCUGCGCCAGGCGGGCGAGGGAGCAAGCGCGCCCGUGGCGCUUGACGACGAGGACGAUGCCACGGCGUCGAUCUACGAGAUGGCCUCGCAGGUCGAUUUGGAUGCGAUGGAAAAGGUGCUACAGAGGUAUAAGAUGUGGGCGCAUGUGCCUGCCCAGCGCACCCAGUGGCUCCAGGCACAUUUACAGCGUCUGCGCGUUCCCAAGACCACCGUGCGUUAG